UCUCUUAUCCUCUCAUUUUAGCAACAUCGGCUUCUAUUGAGGGGGGAAAAGACCUUUUAUUUGUUAUCGGUGGGUGUUUGAAGCAACGGACUGCCCUGUUGUCUUCUUCCCAUCCCUUUCUCUUAAUCGCGACUGUCCCCUCCCUUACCUCCUGCCACCGCCCCUCUCUGAGGAGAGUGAGAAGAGGGAACAGGAGAAAGCGUCUGUUUUGUAAUCGCUGGAUGAAACAUGACGGCAGAGCUGGACAUCAACCAGGUUUCCUGUGCUGUGACUGCCGUGGAGCACGACAUUGAGACUCCACGUGGCGUCCUUCACGUGACUUUGAGAGGGACCCCUAAAGGCAACCGGCCAGUCAUUCUCACCUAUCAUGACAUCGGACUUAACCAUAAGUCAUGUUUCAACACACUAUUUAACUUCGAGGACAUGCAGGAGAUCACCCAGCACUUUGCUGUGGUCCAUGUUGAUGCUCCAGGCCAGCAAGAAUCUGCACCUCCUUUCCCCACUGGGUACCAGUACCCCACUAUGGAUGAGCUUGCUGAGAUGUUGCCAUCAGUUCUGACCCAGCUAAAAAUCAACAGUGUGAUUGGUAUCGGUGUGGGUGCAGGAGCUUAUAUCCUCACUAGACUGGCUCUGAAUGAGCCUGCUUUGGUGGAGGGAUUGGUUCUCAUCAAUGUGGACCCCUGUGCUAAGGGCUGGAUCGACUGGGCUGCCUCUAAGCUAUCUGGAUGGACCAGCAAUCUAGUAGACAUUGUGAUGGCACACCAUUUCAGCACGGACGAGCUGACAGAGAACCAGGAGAUCAUUCAAACUUACCGUCUGCACAUCGCUCAGGACAUUAAUCAGGACAACCUGGCUCUUUUCUGCCAAUCCUACAACAGUCGGCGAGAUCUGGAGAUUGAGAGGCCCAUCCUGGGACUUAAUGAAAAUACAGUCAAAACACUGAAAUGUCCUUCCCUGCUAAUAGUUGGUGACACAUCACCAGCAGUCGAGGCUGUGGUUGAAUGCAACUCGAGGUUAAAUCCAACCAAGACUACUUUACUCAAGAUGGCAGAUUGUGGUGGACUUCCCCAAGUUGUCCAACCGGGUAAACUCGCUGAGGCUUUCAAGUACUUUGUCCAGGGAAUGGGCUACAUCCCUCAUGUGCUACUCAGCCACCUGAACAGCGAAUCAGUGCCCACAGCCAGUAUGACCCGAUUGGCACGAUCUCGCACUCACUCUGCCUCCAGCAUGGGCUCAGCGGACGGCUCGCGCAGCCGCGCACAUACCAGUUCACAGAUGGACGGCGCCACUGGCGGCCCAGUCCACGACAACCAGACCAGACCACAAACCAUGGAGGUGUCCUGCUAAAGCACCCAGAACCGAGCCACCAUUUCACCUGGGAUCAUUCGCGUGUUGCCCUUCUGCACCUCAGACCGCUUUCUGUCCGAUUCAGGUUUUUUCUGCACUCUGUCUUUGUCUUUCGUUCUUUGUCAACUUGUUCCCUUGUGGCCAGAGAGCAAGUAGACAAAGAAAGAAAGUGGGUCUAAUGAAGGGAUGCAUUGUUUGAUGUCAAGUAAUCAAUGUAUUUUAACAUACUGGAAUAUUUCUUCACUGCAUGGACGCACACUAACUUUUUUUGCUGAUGUUUUUACCUUGUUCUUGAUUGGCUUACUACUUUAUUACACCAUUCUUUUAUAUUUGUGUCAUCCUUCAGAGAUUCAUUUUCACUCUCAAUAUGCUUCUUGUGUGUAUAUUUUGCUGGUGGCUGUUAUAUAUUAAACAUUCAGAAGGUAUUCUCGUCUGUAGCGGGAGAGUUUUCCUUCCCUCUCUUGCUCUCUCUAAGGUCUUCCUGCCCCUUGUGUUUACUAUAGAGAUGACCAAACCCCUUCACUUCCUCUUUGUAGACUGAUUUCUGGCUUUUAGACGGUUUCUACUUCUCUCACCAUAUGGCAGCAGCUAUUACGGUUUGAUUUUGAUUGACGGUCUGCUAUUUGUAGUGUUUCGAAAAAUCUACUGAUUAGCAUGCCCCUAUUUGAAGAGUUCAAUAGACAUUUAUAUUAGUAUUAAUUAUGUUUAGCUCUUUCUGCAAUUGUUAAUUCAGUUUGAUUGAAUGACUGAUUCUGUUUACAUGAGUUUUAGACUAGAAGCCCCUUAAUAGCGAAGACUUUGCUUAGGUUUGCACACAAGUUCAUGUACAAUAUUUUUCACAGUCUGUGCUUGGGAGAUCAGCUACACCAAAACAAGCCAAUAGCUGAAGCGAAGAUCUGUAGCUCGUUCAAAGAACAGUUAUAUUUACCAUAAAGGGCAUCUAGAGGUGUAAAACAGCACGGUUCCUCUAAAUGCACUAUAGUUGGCUUUUGGUCAUAAUUCUCCGUUCCUUCUGUACAAUGGGCUGAUAUCCCAAUAACCUCGUAUUGUUUUGACUACUCCGUUAGUUUCUGAAGUGUUAUUGUUAUUGGUCUUUAUUCUUUUUAUUUCAAUGGAUGGCAAUUCCUUGUUGAUUGCUGAUUGUACCGCUGCCUUGAGUGGGUUUGUAAUGAUGCGUUGUGGUUUGUCCUCCAAGCAUUUAGGGGGCGUUGUACUGCAUACUGUCUGCUGAGUAUAUCGAUUUGUACGAAUAUUGAAAUAAAGUAGUUGUACAUAAAA